GACCACACAUAGCACAUCGAUUUCCAGGAACCCGUGCUGCAUCAUGUGACUUAACCUUUAAGGCAUCUUCAGGGCUGAAGAAUGCUGCUGCCCAGGUCCUGAUGUGGACAUGAAAGCUGUCAAAGUGCCAGAACAGAAUUUUAAAAAUGUGCAUGUCUUUGCAUUAAAUGCGUCAUUGGGUGAGGCCAAAUGUCUUUUGACAUAACACUACAGUCAUGAAGAGUGUGAGACAAAAUGUAGACUCAGUUGUAUCACAGCUGUUAACAGGACAAAGAGCUUUAAGAAGACAUGAACAGCAUUAUUGUUGAAUAUCUUUGAAUCCCACAGUAACAAACUUAUUUCAGUGUUUCCUGUUGCUGUUGUCCUGUUUGUGUAAGAAGAGGCUGAAUAAGCAUCCAUCAGUGGGAGGUUCCCAUCAGGUGUCUCCACCGUGGACUCCACCUCCAACCCCGCUCUCCAGGAUCCACAUAAAGAGAGACGGACGGAGAGAGCAGCGUCCUCUUCACAGAGACACCAACAGAAGAAUCACCAGAGAGCCUCCUGAGCAGCAGCCUUCAUCCUCCUCAUCCUCCAUCAGAGCUGCAGAAUCACAAACACAGCACAGGUAUCUGUCAGCUGAUUGGUUCUCUCCAACAUGCUCCGCCCUCUGCUAUUCCUGUGUACUCUCGUAACACUGACAGGUGCUCAGGAGACAUUCACUGAGUCUUCAGUGGUGAACAUCAGCUCAUGUCCCAUCACGUAUUAUGGACAGAAGUACGAGCAGCUCUAUGUGAACAUGACAUCUGGAAAUGUUACCGUCUGUUUCAACGGCUUUUUCAGUCCUGAAACUGGAGGCGACUGUAUUGUGGAGCGUUCAGUGGGCGCAAAAAGAUUUUACUUUAGGACAUUUCUACAACCUUCCUCUGAUGAUGAGAAUUUCAUUUAUGAAAGUUUACCUACCAUUAAACACAGUUUGGAAUGCUAUUUUUGGAUAUCUUUCUCUUAUUUUGGUUUGGAGCUGUAUCACUUUGGGACACAAACAGCUGUGGAGUUUUUCACAUUUGUCCCUGAUCCUGCGGAGUUUGAGCUUCAGGUCGGUGGAACCACAGUCGAUACAGUGAAUUCUCUUUAUUCAUCUCAAUGUUUGUUAGACAUCAGUGGAUGCAGACACUCAGGUCAGAUGUAUCGACCUGGUACAGUGAUCAACUCUCCAGAAACCUGCUUCAGUCUCAUGUGUAAUGAGACCGCAGUCCUCCACAACUGCAGCUUUGUUCCGCUGCAGCAUUGUCAAGGCAAUAACAUCUGGACAACUCCACGCUGACCCUCAACAGCUCACCUCAGCUGGUUAAUGGUGUGCAGCUCUCUAAGGACCAAACUGGAGUCACUGCCAAGCUGUCGCUCUCCAACCUCAACAUCUCUGUCUUCUUUGAUGGCG